GGAGACUGAGAAAGGCGGAUGUGACGUCACUGAUAAGCACCCUGUAACCGUCUAUCUUCCGCCUACCAUCCAGCCGAACACUGUGUAACUCGCUCCCUGGAUCCCCCUCACUCUAAACCCUCUCCUGGCUGUCGCCGAGCCGACGCUGCUCUCACAGUCUUUUUUCUCUCCUUAGAUCACCCUUUAACCAGCUUUCCAAAUGAGUGACGGGGAGUGUGACUUCUUUUGCUUCUUCCGUUGCUGCUGAGUGCGCCUCUUACGUGUCUCAGACCGACGAGAAGGCAGGGUGACUCCGAGAAGAGAGACGAUCGGGUGGAGAGGUGGGCAGAAAGGAGCAAGAAGGUGGGACUUUAAAAAGAGCAAUUUUUAGCCAACUGGACCACUGAGAUCCGACAGGUGGGCAGGCCGUCUACCUGUGCGGGUGAUUGAUUCAGUCGACUGGAUGUCUGUGGACAUGAACAGCCAGGCGUCGGACAGCAAUGAGGAAGACUUCGGUGUUAACUCUGAGGAGGAGGAGGAUGAUGACGACGAUGGUGGAGAGGAGGACGACCAGGGCGACAUUGCAGCCUACUAUGAAGGCGUGGCCAGCGAUGUGGAGCAACAGGGCGCUGACUCCUUUGACCCAGAGGAGUACCAGUUCACUUGUCUGACAUAUAAAGAGAGUCAAAGGGCGCUGACGGAGGAGGUUAACACUGUGGCUGCUGCACUAAAGGUUUUGCCAGCAGUAGCAAAACUGAUCCUGGUGCAUUUUCACUGGCAGGUUUCACAAAUACAGGACAGAUUUAAGUCCAACUCGUCCCUGAUGUUGUCAGAUGCUCUGGUCCAGCCCAGCAGCACCUGCAGAUCAGUCACUGCCUCUCAGUCCCUCCAGUGUGGCGUAUGUCUACAGGUCGUACGGAGAGACUCCCUGCUGGCACUGCCCUGUCAGCACUCCUUCUGCAAAGGUUGCUGGGAGCAGCACUGCACUGUUUUGGUCAAAGACGGAGUGGGAGUGGGUAUCUCGUGUAUGGCUCAGGACUGUUCCCUGCAGAUGCCUGAAGACUUUGUCCUGCCACUGCUGCCGGGAGAGGAGCUGAAGGACAAAUAUAGACGCUACCUCUUCAGAGACUACGUUGAGAGUCACUUCCAGUUGCAGUUGUGUCCGGGUGCAGACUGUCCCAUUGUCAUCAAAGUGCAGGAGCCUCGGGCGCGCAGGGUGCAGUGUAGUCGCUGCAGUGAAGUCUUCUGUUUUAAAUGCCGUCAGAUGUACCAUGCACCCACAGACUGUGCAACAAUCCGAAAAUGGUUGACCAAAUGUGCGGACGACUCAGAGACAGCCAACUACAUCAGCGCUCACACUAAAGAUUGUCCAAAGUGCAAUAUCUGCAUUGAGAAGAACGGAGGGUGCAAUCACAUGCAAUGCUCCAAGUGCAAACACGACUUCUGCUGGAUGUGUCUUGGUGACUGGAAGACUCACGGCAGUGAAUACUAUGAGUGCAGUCGCUACAAAGAAAACCCUGAUAUAGUCAACCAGAGCCAGCAGGCCCAGGCCAGAGAGGCCCUCAAGAAAUACCUCUUUUACUUUGAGAGGUGGGAGAAUCAUAACAAGUCUCUGCAGUUAGAGGCUCAGACGUACCAGAGAAUCCAGGAGAAGAUCCAGGAGAGAGUGAUGAACAACCUGGGAACCUGGAUCGACUGGCAGUACCUGCAUAAUGCUGCAAAGCUACUGGCUAAGUGUCGCUACACACUGCAGUAUACGUACCCCUACGCCUAUUACAUGGAGUCUGGCCCACGCAAAAAACUGUUUGAGUAUCAACAGGCUCAGCUGGAAGCAGAGAUAGAAAACCUGUCGUGGAAGGUGGAGCGAGCCGACAGCUAUGAGAGAGGAGUGGUGGGAGGCGAGGGGGAGCUCAGCGCCAGUGACAGAGGGGAUCUGGAGAAUCAGAUGCACAUUGCUGAGCAGAGGCGACGCACGCUGCUGAAGGAUUUCCAUGACACCUGAAGCUCCAUCGUGACUGCAAAGCACCAGCAUCUCCCUCCUUCCUCACUUCCUUUCUUCUUCGCCCACCUACCUUUUGCUUCUUUCAGUGACCAUCUCUUGGUGCAUUUGUACUGACCUCUUCCUUUUUGCUUCUUUACACUUGCUCAUUUGCUUCUAACUUUCUGUCUUUCUCUCCCCUCACUCCUAUAAUGCUGCAGGGUCACAGAAUGGCACGAUUGUAUCUCAACCUUCCUCCUCUCGUCCUCAUCCCCAUUAACACGUUUUGACUUCGGAGCAUCACACUCACCGUGGUUACACUUGUUGCAGCUUUUGCGAGCUGAUAAUUAAGGGCAAAUUUUGAGGUUUUCGUCAAGUGUGUGAAAACAGUGGGCAUGCUUUUAUUUCACAUAAAGCAUUUAGACGCUGAUAUGAGCAGCUAAAAGCAACAUGUUUCUUGUUUGUAAAGAGAGUGAGAGCUGUUAUUCUCCAUGAUUAUUCUUGUGAUGCUGGAAUAAUACACAAAGAGAGAGGCACUAAUAAAAAUGCUUUUGUUAUUAAGCAGAUGAAGAAGUUGUGGGAGAAAUAAUGUUAUUUUUCUGUAGAGAGAUGUUGCUGAUUGUCGGCCUGCAUUUGGUGGUUUUAUAUAGACAAUCGUGACUAGCAGGCACUUGUUGGUAGUUGUAACUAUAGAACCUAUUCGGUUUGUCAGAACACGUGUGUAGAUACUGAAAUCUACACACGUUUUAAUUUCACUUUCCUCUCUUGAACUUCAACAGUUGUUGAAAUAAUCCCAGAUUAAACAUGUCGCUGCCACAGAUUGUUCAUAGGCUUCAUCCAUACAACUACGUUUUUGUGUUUUUUCUGUGGAUUCGCCUGGCCUUCACUCUACUCUGGAGUUUUAGAGCCGUUAAGACUGAGAAUUUUAAUUUGAAAACUCUGGAUGGGCAGGAAGAGCAAUGUUUGGAAAACAAUGACAGACGCUCACAACCUCUUGCUGACUGGGUCUUUUCGGUCUCGAUUUAGCCUUCACUGAUAUGUAUAUGCAUAUAUGAUGGCCCACUUCUGGAGGAAGACAUCCAGCAUUAGCCUUGGCUACCAAUGAUACUACUGCUUAAAUGCAUAGGAGACUAGCUAUUAUUCGAGCACAAUAUGCGUUUACAGGUAUUGUAGUAUGGACAGGGAUUAAAACUAAUGCAGAGCCAAAAUACAUUUUAACUGUAGUAGUAUGGAUGAAGCCAUAGACAUGAACUUGGUGUUUGUGUGGAAAAAAAAAACUUUGUGGUCCAACAUACUCCCACAUACAAAAUAGUGUUUUCAUACGUAUGAUGCAUGUUCAUAUGUACAAGAUGUUAUAGAAUAAGAUGAAUGUGUGUUAACAUAACAACUCUAUAGAUUUUGUCGCCAGUGUUUUCAUAAUAAGCACACCUCCCUCCCUUGGUUAUGAGGUGCUCCAGCCACAACUGACAGCAUACAGUUGCUAGUCAUUGUUAACUAAGUAAAACUACUGAAAUCAUGUCUCUUUACGUUCUCACACUGGUGCUUGAUCGUGUUCAGCUGAUGUCGAUCGAAACAAGCGUGAGCCUGAGCCCCUCCAUUGAAUACUAGCACCUCUGCUGAUCAGACGAUGAAGUUAUUUUGAAGCAGCAAGUGUAAUCUCAGCCUUUCACUUAACGCACGCUUACAGCACCACCCACUGACACCAACACAGCAUGCACAUAUCGACACACUCAUGCUCAAGCACCGAACUGCAGAAAAUAAAAUGUCACCUGGUAAUUUGCCUCCCCCCCUUCAUCUCAUGCUCUCCUCUCGUUUUCUUUGCAUUCACCCCCUCAUUUUAUUUUUGCUCUUUACUUUCUCUUUUUUUCCUUCCCACAUUGUUCACUUUUCUUCUGGAAAAUGGCUGUUGAUAGAUAGAUCGUUUAAAAAAAGAAAAAAACAAAGAAAAAUACAAAAAAAUUGCUGUAAUUUUCAACGGUUGUACAUUAAUACAGAAAUAGAGUUACUGAGAGUUUUUAAAACCGGA